AUGAAUACAUAAGUCGACAAGGAAGUAUAAGAAGCAAGAAGAAGAUUAUAAGAAAAAAUAGGCGAUUCUAGAACCGGAGGAAAGGGAACUUAAAGAAGAAAAAUAAAAAAAGUUUAAAAAACCCAAAUUAAUGAUGAUAAAAAAUUAAAAACUGUAAUUAAAAAAUUUGGAGUUUAACCAUUUUAAGGAAUCGACGAAGUAAAUAUGUUCAGAGAUGAUAAAAAUAUUAUGCAUUUUGAUAGACCUGAAGUUUUGGCUUCUUUACAAAGCAAUACAUUCGUUAUAAUUGGAUAGCAUGAAACUAAAAGCUUAAAAGAUUUAUUACCUGAUAUUUUAUAACAUUUAGGACCUAAAUAACUUGAAUAUUUAAAAGAUAUCCUCUAAACAAAAGAAUAAGGAAAAUAUGAAAAGGGAGAAGAAGAUGAUAUUCCUUAAUUAUAAGAAAAUUUCGAAGAAGCAUCAUAAAAAGUAGAUUGA